ACAACGGUCGACCAUACACAACAUCUCCCGUUCGGAAUUCAAACUUCGGUGAUUUAAUGUGAUUCUGGUACAGUAUAAGUGUUGUGCAGAUUUAAAUAUGGACUAGUUACAUCAAAACACUGUGUUUGUGACUUUCAAAAGUAAACGUGAUUCGAGGUGGCUCAGGCGGGCAAGGUGUCUCAGUUUCGACUCAAGCAGACAUAGCACAAUCAGCGAAGGGCUACGAAUCAGAGGAUGAAAACGCGGGCAGAAAGAGACCGAAGGUCAGCGACGACCGCCCCACCAGCCGGACGACAAUGUACUCCAAACAGGAGUUUCGAGAGCAGUACUGUAUCAACAACAAACAACUGGAUCUGCUGGAAUUGGAGAAGUCCAAAAAGGACAGAUUUCUCGGGUGCCUGUCACAGUACCACAUCGAAAGCCCGUGUUCCAGAACCAACCGAGCGUCAUUUCUAUCCGUUUGUGUCCGACGGCGAGUGCCUUCCGAGGAGAAUCUCAACACCGAUUAUGCGCCCAUACAGCGGUAUCCCAGGUUCGGCCAACCUGCACCUCCACCGGCCGAGGUGUGUGCACAUGAUGCCGACUUGGAAUGCUCAUACUUUCGUCGGCGGCCACGCUCAGUGUGCGCACAACCUGACCCCAAACGCUACACCUGGAUGCCAGAGGAUGAAGACUUCACCCGGAUGGAGUGGCCACAAUCGGUAAUAGAAGAUAACGCGGGUUGGCCGCAAAAUUACAGUGUCGAUCAAAUCGCUUCUGUAAGUCGGGGCGGCUCGCUUCCCCGGCCUCCUUCCAUUAUACCCUGUCCCGCCCACACACCAAUACCACCGCCUCCCCCGCCACCACCACUCACCAUACCACCGCACAGGUAA